AUGAGCGAGCGGCGAGCGUCUUUGUUGAACACUGGAGACGGCCACCCACGUCCUCGCAGUAUACCGGAACCGCUUUCUUCCAUCCAGUCUCGAGCGUCAGGUGGCAGGAACAUGCUCUCCAGUUUCUCCCACUCGCACCCGAGGCCUCUGCCGACUCCCAAUAAACCGAUCUCUCCCUUACCCCCGAAUCUCCUACCGUCAGCACCGACAUCACCUCCGACACCCGCCCCUAGCCCAACACCACAUCAGAGACCUCCCAGUUGGCAGCAGUCUGCCGAGGAAGAAGAAGAUGCGUUUCUCUUGAACGCCAGAAUACAUUUCAGCUCGUUGGGGAGCGUACAGAGGCAGAAGUUCUUGGCAGGCAUCCUGAAUCUAUGCGAUAACCAGCAACUCAGCUUUGUCUCCAGCUUCGUAAGCCCACGCCUAAGGAAGGACCCUUUUCAGGCUUUCCCCAACGAGUUAUGUCUAAGGGUUCUAUCUUUCAUAGACGACCCGAAGACGCUGGCGAGAGCAUCGCAAGUAUCGAGGCGAUGGAACGAGCUUCUGAACGAUGAUAUGACAUGGAAGAACUUAUGUGAGAAGCAUGCGUACGCAUACAGGAGAGGUUCAGAGGAUGAGAGAGAAUUCAUCGAUCCUUUCCACAACCAGCCUUCGUCAGCCGUGGUUGCCCCUACGUCCUUUGGCCGGUCGCAGAGGAGAUCGAACAUUAGUGGUCUGCGUGCUGCUGACAGUGUUCCCGAUCUUUUUGGCAGCUCGGCUUCCGAUAACCCCUGGUCGAUCACACCGAGCCGGAAGCGACGAGCCAAGCCGUCCUCUUACAGGGCUCAUUUUAAGCAAAAAUAUAUGGUCGAGUCAGCCUGGAACAAGGGUGGGCGAUGUACGCAAAGGCAUAUCACUCCCGAUCAGGGGGUUGUCACCAGCUUACAUCUGACACCUAAGUAUAUUGUGGUUGCGUUGGACAAUGCAAAGAUCCACGUUUAUGAUACGAAUGGAGAUAACCAAAAAACACUCCAGGGACAUGUUAUGGGUGUAUGGGCCAUGGUCCCGUGGGAUGACAUCCUCGUCAGCGGAGGGUGUGACCGUGAAGUGCGAGUUUGGAACAUGGCCACUGGUGCUGGUAUCCACUUGCUGCGAGGUCAUACAUCUACUGUGCGCUGUCUAAAGAUGUCUGAUGCGAACACUGCUAUCUCAGGAUCCAGAGAUACCACGCUGCGGAUAUGGGACCUCGCGACCGGGAUGUGUAGGAAUGUUCUGGUCGGACAUCAAGCAAGUGUCAGAUGUCUCGGUAUCCAUGGUGAUCUUGUUGUUUCUGGUAGCUACGACACGACCGCACGCAUAUGGAGUAUUUCGGAGGGCCGAUGUUUGCGGACACUCUCUGGCCAUUUUAGCCAGAUCUAUGCAAUUGCCUUUGAUGGCAAGAGGAUCGCCACGGGCAGUCUCGACACGAGCGUUCGGAUAUGGGAUCCUCAUACCGGCCAGUGCCAUGCGAUUCUGCAAGGUCACACAUCCCUUGUGGGUCAAUUGCAGAUGCGGGGAGAUACGCUUGUUACCGGUGGCUCAGACGGAUCAGUCCGAGUCUGGUCUCUAACAAGGAUGGCACCUAUCCACCGGUUAGCAGCCCAUGACAAUAGCGUUACCAGCCUGCAGUUUGAUAGUACUCGAAUUAUGAGCGGCGGUAGCGAUGGCCGCGUAAAGGUUUGGAGUCUCGAAACGGGCCAGCAACUGCGAGAGCUGUCGUCCCCUGCAGAGGCCGUCUGGAGGGUGGCUUUUGAAGAUGAGAAAGCGGUAAUUAUGGCGAGCCGAGCCGGUCGCACUGUGAUGGAGGUUUGGUCUUUCGCCCCUCCACCUGAAGAGGUAUACGGUGAUUCAGUGGCCCUUGAGAGUGCAUCGAGUACUCCCGGGUUAGGCCCGACCCGGCAGAAGCGUGGCAGCUCUUCAGACGUCAGUAGACACAGAGCCCCCUUCUCUGAUCCUCCUCCGGCAAUAUCCUUGGCCAGUGACGACGACCAGCCAAUGCCGGAUGCUUCUUGA